GCGUCUUCUUGGCAUUCUUUAGAGGGCUCCAAUAAGAGUCCACUGUUGCAUUUUUGGUGUUUUCUUUGUACGCUUACUGUGAAUGGAGAUCUGUUCUUUUUGGUAAUUUUUCUGUUGAUCGCCAACACUUUGCUCCACAGUAAACUCUUCCGCUGAUCAGGCAGUUCCUCCUACAGGUCCUGGGAUCUGGCUGUGUUCUUGCUGUCAUCAUCAUAAUCUCCCUCUUUCGUUCUGUGGGAUUAUCAUGCUGCUAUGAAGCAGGACAGCCUGUGACUAUCCACGGCUCUCUGCAGGCCUUUUCUUUAUGCUUUUGUUCUGGCUUUGAAUUGGUGGGAUACCAGGAGCCAAAAUGCUGAACCAGAGUGCUGUCAUGAUCUUCACUGGGAUUUGUGGGGCGAUGGUGGUCAUGGCAAUGGCCUACUAUGUCUACUGGACUGCAAUAUUGGCUGAAGGUCCGUGUAAACGCGGCUUGUAAAAGGAUUCCACCGUGGUUGGUCGUAGUGUAUAGAGAGGAGCCUUCUCAGCCCUCCAGGCUCCUCAGCCAUGGCUCUGCUGGCCUACCUGAAGAGCCUGUUCAUCCUGCAGCUGCUGAUGGGCUUCGUGUUUGUGGUGAGCGGCCUCAUCAUAAACUUCAUUCAGCUGUGCACCUGUGUCCUCUGGCCGAUCAACAAGCAGCUCUACCGCAGAAUCAACUGCCGGCUCUCCUAUUCCCUCUGGAGUCAGCUGGUAAUGCUGCUGGAGUGGUGGUCGGGCACAGAAUGCACCCUAUACACUGACCAGGCUACGGUGGACAAAUUUGGCAAGGAGCAUGUCAUCAUCAUCCUCAACCACAACUAUGAGAUCGACUUCCUGUGUGGCUGGACCAUGUGUGAAAGAUACGGCGUCUUAGGGAGUUCAAAAGUGUUAGCUAAACAUGAGCUACUGAAGGUUCCUCUAAUUGGCUGGACCUGGUACUUUCUAGAAAUUGUUUUCUGCAAAAGAAAGUGGGAGGAGGACCGAAACACUGUCUUCAAUGGACUAAACAGGCUCAAAGACUAUCCUGAAUAUAUGUGGUUCCUGCUGUACUGUGAGGGCACCCGAUUUACAGAGAAGAAGCACCAAAUCAGCAUGCAGGUUGCAGAGAGUAAAGGCCUCCCCAAACUUAAAUAUCACCUCUUACCUCGAACCAAAGGAUUCACCACCACACUGCAGUGUCUUAAGGGCACAGUAACCGCUGUGUAUGAUGUGACCCUUAACUUCAAAGACAACCAAACUCCCACUCUCCUGGGCAUCGUCAACGGCAAGAAAUACAAAGCUGACCUGAGUGUAAGGCGGUUCCCUGUGGAGGAUAUACCAGAUGAUGAGCAGGAGUGCGCCAACUGGCUGCACAAGCUCUACCAGGAGAAGGAUGCCUUGCAGGAAAUGUACAGCAAGGAAGGCAAGUUCCCCGGACCCACAAUCAUCCCACCUCGCCGACUAUGGACACUGCUCAACUUCCUGUUCUGGGCCACCCUGCUGCUUUCACCCCUCAUCAAGUUUGCCUGUGGUGUGGUCGUCAGUGGCUCCCCUCUCCUCAUCAUUGGCUUUAUCAUCUUCCUCAUUAUAGCCUCCGUAGCUAUCCGCCGCCUCAUCGGGGUCACCGAGGUGAAGAAAACAGGCUCCAGUUACGGCGAUCAGGAGGCCAAGAAACAAAACUAAAGUGUGUCACCCCCUCCCGUGUAUGGCCGUUUGUGUACGGUCGCCCUGCGGUGUCUCACCCUUACCCAACUCCAUUCUCCUCCUACUGUUGAGUCAGUUGGUAGGCCGGGGAGGAGACCCAGCUGUGAAAACAUAAUAGAGACCAGAGUUAAAAAUUCUAAUGGCACUAGAGUGAGAGAGAGUACAGAAGGUCUGAGGUCCAAGUUCUCUGGUGUGUCACAGAACAUAAGGAGGGGGAGAUGCAGUACGGUAUUCCCCUGCAUCUUUCUUAAUCCAGCUUGCCCCCAUCCAAGUCCCAUUCAAUCUCAGUAACACCCUCCAAGUCUGAGGUCACACAGACCACCAUUCAGCCCAUUUUUCUGCUCUUCACUAACUACAUCCACUUCCUGUCACAGUCAUCAGCCAAUCAGGGGGUGGGGGUGGGGGGGGCAUGCUGAUUCUUUUUACCCACGGUACACAAGCCAAUCCAUAUUUGAUCUUUUCUAAUCUCAACCUCCAUCCAGGGGCAGCGUUUUUCCGCAACAGCUGCCUGUGACAUGCAGGACGUCCACCUCCCUUUUUCUCACUAAGUGGGACUUGUAAUGGGAAUCGGUGCCUUGAGGCCCAGCCUGCUUUUCCUUAAUGGGGUCACUUCACCCAAAUCAUGCAAAAUUUACCAUUUUACCUUGAGGUGUUUAGCCACGCAGGUAAUUAUGACUCUAAUAUGUGCAGGUCUGAGAUAUCUGCCACUCAGAUUUUAACUGUUAUACCAAUACAAUAAAAGUGAAUCAGCUUUUGUUGUUGCUGAAAUCAUUAUAAGCGUACAUUUGAAAAACUUGACAGCAGAAGCUAUAUGUUGAAUGUAAAUGUGAAAUUGUAAGUAGUUGUGUGUACUUUAAAUGUCAUUUGUAAUUAUUUGAACACCAACACUGAGAUACAGUUCAUUCUUAUUGUAUUGGGGUAGCAGCAAAAGUCUGUGGGCAGAGAUCUUAAAAUAUAGAGUCCACAUUAUCUGUGAGGCUAGAUAUAGAAAGGUUUAAGUCGAUAAAUCCUUUUUAUUUUAUGCAUAUGAUCCUGGUGUACUGGCCCCUUAAAAUCCUGUUUUGGAGAGGCUGGUGUCUGUUAAACUACAGCAAGGGCUUUGAAUGUGAAAACUGUCCUUAUCAAGGAUACCUACCAUCUGUUACAGGUCUCAUUUGUUGCCCGCAGCACCGAAACCCUCAGACACAUUUUGACACGUCUCAAUUUCUUAAUUUGUUCCUAUCUCCUACUUUCACUUGGCUCUACACAUUUAGGGAUUUGCAUACAUCAGGCAUUUUUAAUGGGACAUUAUCAAACCUUCUAAAUGUUAAUUCAACCUGUUCAUAGCAGUUCAACACACCACCAGUUGAAAUACAACUCACUGUUAGAUGUGACUUCUCUGCUGCUGCUGUUUAGUGGCAGCGCAGCCAGAUUCCUAAAAAAGGUCACCAACUGUCUUCAUGUAGCCACGCAGCUGUUAGCGUAUUACGUUGCUCUCCUGGGAUCGACUGUAGUUGUGAUAUUUUACCCUUUGCCUUAAAUCAAGCUUGCUCAGGCAAGGGAUUGCUUAUUCGCCACCCCUUUAAAACUGCACCCACCUCUUACCUCUGUUAUGUUUGAUUGCUCAGCCGCUCUUCCUUCCAUUUCCAGAACGCAUCGGUGGAGUAGCAUGCAUUCAUUUGGUGUGAUUACCAAAAUGAGUGAAUAAUUUAAAAAAAAAACAAAAAAAAAAACACUAUGGAUCUUUGAAGUGGCUAUCUAUGAAGAUGGUGGUUUUGUUCAAGGCGUCCUGUAACUGUGUACACUGGAAAUGAAGAAAAGUGAUGUCAACACAGUGACACUCAACCGCUGGUGGCACAGUUACGAUUUCAUACAUUUCACAAUCUUAGAGUCGCUUAUCCAGAUUUUAAUUGUUUUUACUGGUGUCUCAGAUUAAAUGUUGGCUGCUGCAGUAUAGGAGUGGAUCUCUCCCUCAGUUAGACAUUUCCUGGUCCAAGAUGCAAACAAUGGCAGCCAGACGUGGAGGGGACAUUUUGGUUCACGCUCUCUCGUUCCCCUUCCCGUGCCACAUGUAGUAUUAAUCAUACAUUUCGUUUUGUUGGCUUAAUUUUUUUGGGGAUCUUCACUCCCCAGCAGCGGUAUGUCGUGUACUUCGUCUUUCUGUAGUUCUUUCAAACCAGACAGAUUUCAUGCAAGCCUUAAUUAGUGCUGCUUCGUUUUUGUGUGAAGAUGUAGAAGCUCACCCCUGUGGUAGUGAAGGACUGAGAAUUCUAAAAAAUGUUCACCAGUACAGCAGGCAAGUUAUUGGGAUUAGCUGCCGAGUAACUUGCUCUAAAGUUUUAACAUAAAAAAUGAAGACAAAUGAGAAUGAUUAUAGUUGGCUCUUUUGUGUGAACGAUACAAUUUCUAAUUAAUCCACAUUUUUUUACACGAAAAUACUUUGAGUUGCGUUACCUCAGAUAAUUGUGGAAAGCUUUAGGAUCUUUGCCUGUUAUAGUUUUUUAAGAUCUGUUUUCUCUUGAAUCAAAACCAACAAACAUCAGCUAAAACUGCAGUUCAACCCAUCCUGUCAUUCAGUCAAAGUCAUAUUCCAAAGCAACAAUGGCUGCUCAGAAAUUCAAACCAGUAUUUGGAAAAUCUUUUUACACUGGGUGUUUUUGUUUUUUUAAUUCAGUAAAGAAAUUAAACUAUUGGUACCUUG